AUGUCACAGUUGCCGGAGACGGACGACGUCCGCAUCCUCACCCAACAGAUGAGGGCGUACUUGAAUUGGUACAAGGCCAACGGUACAGAGCCCUUCUUCCACCGGAAAUCCGGGCGUGUAGUGCUUUCUCUUCUACACGUGGAGCACAGGGGCAAGGCGGAGUUCGUUCGUGGCAUCAACAGCGAGGUCUCUUUGCCCACCGGGUCUAUUUGCGCAGAGCGCGCUGCCAUUGUCAACGCCCGCACGACGUUUCCCAACAUCAACCGCAAGCAGAUGAAGGGCAUUGCGGUUUUGGAGGUUCCUUUGCUGAACACUUGGACCAGCGAGGUGGUGCACGACUUGUUGAAUCCUUUGCCCCCCUGCGGCGCCUGCAACGAGUGGCUCCUCAAGAUCCAGGAGCAAAGCCCCAGCUUCUAUGUGGUGACCUACCAGGACCUGUCGCUCGAAGUGGCUCAGGAGCGAUUCCUCUUCUGGUCCUUGCAAGAGUCUGCUCGGGCGGACCCGGAUCUUGGCGCCUGGAAUUGCCAUUGCUGCCACCACCAGAACGCCCCACUCAGUACCGUUUGUGGCAGCUGUGGUGUGGAUCGCUUUUCGUCCUCCUACCUGCGCAUGCCAACGCAGAAGAAGUACUUCCGGGUGCUGCAUGCGCUGGAGCACUGCCCUAUGUCCUUCAAGGAGCUGUCCGGCAAGCUCGCAGAAAAGGUGCCCGAUCUAAAGGAGGUCUUGCAGCGACUGCAGCGGAAUCGCGGCAAGCACAAGGAUGUGCACCCGAUCCUCUCGCGCGACGCGGAUGGGCUUUAUCACCUGACGGAAACUGGCCGUCAGAUCUUGAUGAGAAAGCAAGAUGCCCUGCCGAGUGGUCGACGACGAAACGCCCGUCACAAGCCCAUGCGCCGGAGCGACAAAGGGGCCUGCAACGGGAGUGAGCAAAUGCGCGCGGAGCAAAUUUGCCCAGCGCCCAACUCUUGUGCGAUGGCUAGCCAAGAGGUCAAAGGACCAUAA